CCGAUCUUCUCCAUGGCAAACCCCGACCGGAUUCGAUUUCCGCCGACGAAUGGCAGCGCGCCGACUAUCUCCUCCAAUCUUGGAUCUACGGCACCAUCUCCGACGAUCUAUCCAGCAUGGUUCUCUCAAAAACCUCCACCGCUAGUGAUCUAUGGAACGCCAUCUCUUCUCUCUUCACCGAUAACAAAGACUAUCGAGCCAUUCAACUUGAAGAAAAAUUCAAGUCCCUCAAGAAAGGCGCUCUCUCCAUUCACGAUUAUUGCCAAAUAAUCAAGACCACGGCGGACAGCUUGGCCGAUGUCGGAAACCCAAUCUCCGACAAACAACUCGUUCUACAAACCCUACACGGCCUUCCGAAAAAUUACGGGACCGUCGCCAAUCUCAUCUCCUUUCAAAAUCCCCUUCCCACCUUUCUACAGACUCGUUCGCUCCUUCAGAUGGAAGAAACAAGAAUUUCUGAACCGGAGCAGACCGCUGCUGUUUUCUACGCCUCCAACGCGAACUGUCCAUCCAACAGUUGCAACAGUUCCCGCGGAGGUAGUUCUUCGCGCUAUCAGCGCGGGGGUGGCCGAUCCAACCGUCGCGGAGGUCGCAACACUAACCGUCACCCCAUGCAGCACUACGGCUAUCAUAGUGCUCAUGGCGCAUCUCAACUUUGGCGCGCACCUUACCGACAACAGUCAAUUCUGGGAUCCGCUCAAAAUACAUCGGGCCACCCAGCGGCUCAAGCCUACUUUACUGGACCACCUGAACCCUACACCGGUCACUCGGCUCCUACUCAGGUUCAUCCGCAGCAGCAACCGUGCCACAGCUCUGGCAGUUCCAUCAACAGUUGCAACAGUUCCUGCAACAGUGCCAACGUGGUGGAUCUCGCACACCGUUUGAAUACGGUGACACUUCAGCAGCCUACCGAGUCACAGUGGUUCAUGGACAGCGGGGCGACCUCUCAUAUGGCACCACACUCAGGUAAUUUCAAUUUUUUUUUUAAUCCUGGCAGUAAAUUCCCCAAACAUGUCGUCGUCGGUAAUGGUUCCACCCUCCCCAUAACCCACAUAGGCCACACAAUUCUUCCCACCACUCAUUUCCGCCUCACAAAUGUCUAUGUCACACCCAAUAUCGUUAAACACCUUAUAUCUGUUCGAAAGUUCACCCGCGACAACUCAUGUUCGGUUGAAUUUGAUCCGUUUGGUUUUUCUGUGAAGGAUCUUCGGAGUCGAGUCGAGAUUUUCAGGUGCAAUAGCUCCGGUGACCUAUAUCCAUUUGGCGUCCCUCCCCCCACCUCACCUCCCGCUGCUUUCCUCACUGUCGCAACAUCUUCGUCUCGAACUCUUUGGCAUCGGCGUCUAGGCCAUCCCGGCAAACACGUCAUGUCUCGUUUAUUUUCUAGCACUUUUCUUUCCCAUAAUAAAGACCCUAGGGAGUCUCUUUGUAAUGCCUGUCAAUUAGGCAAGCAUUUUCGUCUACCAUUUUUUUCUCAAAAAUCUACUACUGUUGCUCCAUUUUAAAUUAUUCAUGCUGAUUUAUGGACUUCUCCUGUUUCUAGUCUUACGGGUUUCAAAUAUUAUCUUGUGCUAGUUGAUGAUUUUACCCAUUAUUUAUGGACUUUUCCCCUUCGAAAUAAAUCUGAUGUUUUUACAACCUUUGUCAAUUUUCAUACACUUCUCAAAACUCAAUUCCAACAUCCCCUGAAAGCCUUACAAAGUGAUAAUGGUCGUGAAUUCAAAAAUGCGGAUUUUCAAAACUACUUCACUAAACACGGCAUCCUAAACCGUUUUUCGUGUCCCCACACCUCCCCUCAAAAUGGACACGCAGAACGAAUGAUCCGCACUAUAACUAACAUGAUUCGAUCCCUCAUCUUUCAAGCCCAUCUUCCCCCUACUUAUUGGGUCGAAGCCCUUCAUAUGGCCACACACCUACUCAAUAUCUUACCUACCAAAACCACACAAAACCGGACUCCUCACGAAGCUCUUUACCUCAUCAAACCUACAUACUCUCAUCUUCGAGUAUUCGGCUGUCUCUGUUAUCCCAACCUCACCGCCACCACACCACAUAAACUCGCCCCCCGUUCUACUCCUUGUGUCUAUCUCGGUCACCCUUCCUCUCACAAAGGCUAUCGUUGCCUUGAUAGAUCCACUGGCCGAAUUAUAAUUUCUCGUCAUGU